CGUGCAUGGCCGGACCUCUCACGCCCACACCAAUUGAUCUUCUAAUGGGAUGACUAUAGAGACCCUGUACACAUACAAACUGCUAAAUCGUCUUACCAUCCAUGGAAUGUUUCAACGACUGUGCGUUGAUUAGAAGACUGAAUGCUACAAGUCCAAUAUGUACUGCCAGAGGAGUGAUAUCAGGAUUUAUCGACUGUGUUUGCUUGUUCUGUUUGUUCAAUAUGGCCCAGACGGUCCCUCCCAGAGUGCUCGUAAUUGGCCGAUAUAUCCUUAAUUAGCCAGUGAAUCUGCAUAUUACGACAACUUGGCUCGCACGUAUGGUAGCCCUUUUACGCCAAAAUGCCGUCUUACAGACACGGCACAAUGAGCCUCGUUUCGUGCGGCGGUAGACAAAAGGGAUGAAGCUUUAACUCCGUUUCGUGCUGUUGUGAUAUAUUUAGCGGCUUGUGUCGAAAUAUAGACACUUAUUGCUUGUCUUUCGUAAAGAGAUCUCUUCUCUAUUUCUUGUGGUUCUACUGAGGAUUCAGAAGGUCUUGGAGUCAUAAUGGUGGUCUCUCUGUUCUACCCAUUUAAAUUUUCUCUGCUGUUCUUCGUAGUACGUGGCUACGUACCAACGUCCACAGCGACUCCUUGGUCUGCAAGGCCAUCGCUCGACGAACAUGUGGAAAAGGAACGAACUCGAACCGAUACCAAAAGUCUGCCAUUUCUCCGAGAAACUCAGUUAUACUCACGCUCAAGUCAGGGACACUUAAGAAUCAUGAGACGAGACGUUGAUGCGCUGGGAAAAGAUGGCGACAAAUUCGCCAAGUUAAUAAUCGAAUCAGACAACUUUGGUCGCGUAAAGAUCCGUGGAGCCGAAUCGUCGUACUAUCUGUGCGUCAGAAAAAAAGAUGGCCGUCUCGUCGGUAGAAAGGUAGCCAAGGCUUCCAAGUCCAAAUGCGUUUUCUACGAAAAGUACGCAACCAACUUUUUCUCCGAGUUUUAUUCUGCUUUUAAACCAAGCUGGAUGAUCACUGUGUCCAAGAAAGGAACAGUCAGGCCGUCUUUCAAGGGAAAAACUGGCUCAAAAUCAGUUCAAUUUAUUGAAAGACCUUCAAAGCUAAUAAUUAAGACUAGCAAUGUUGGGCCCUCCUUUAUGGAUGGGUUGAGCAAGCACAUUGCCAAACUAUUGCGUAACGUCAGGGCGCGUGUUAGAGCUAAUGAGCGCUCACAAAAGAAGAAAAGAAGGAGGAAUAGGAAGGAUAAACGAAGACCUGGUCGCAAAAAUAAAAGAAGAUCGAAAAAAAGGAGGAAGAAGAAACAAUUGCGGCGAAAAAAGAAGAGGGAUUAAUGAAAACAUUGCCUCACACCUUUGACUAGAUCUAGAGAACUAUAAGACGUGGUCUUUCUACGAUCUUGCAUCAUUGACUGCUCACAUUGGAAACUCACAUUGGAAACUAAUCAAUAAAUGUUCGGUUGUUCAUCGAUUUUGUCGCGGAAAUCCGUCGGCUUUGCUUAAUUGGCUUUAAAUAGUUCAGGAUAAAUGAGGGACAAGUUUACAGUUUUACAAUAUAGCUUUUCGGUUAAGACUCGCUGUUUGGUCGGUUAUCAAAUAAUGUAUAUAGAGACACAGAGUGAUGAUAUUGCUUGUCGUUUGUUCGCUAAUUUAGUCAGCUGUUCGUCGAUUCGGCUCUCUCGCGGGAUUCCAUCGGCUCUCUCGCGGGAUUCCAUCGGCUAUCUCUGUCGAAAGACAGUUAGUCAUAUUGUCAUUUCAUUAUGGCAAGUAAUUAGAGUUAUUCAUGCAAUAACGAAAACAGCAUUGCAGCCUUUAGUACUUCGUUUUUAAGCUGAAUGUUGAGAAAGUUUGAAAGUAAAAUUAUGUAUUGUGCCUGAUUGGUAGCAAAUUAGUUUAUCAGAAUUAAAACAUUGUGAAACUGAA